UUUUCCUCUGAAUUUGCCUCAGACAUUGAGAUCUCUUACCCUGUGCAACUCAUCCCUGUUUUCAGACUGUGAGUUAGCCGAGUUUUCAACACAACUAUGCAGAACUAAGAGUGUAUUUCCUGUGUGAUUCUAUGUGGAUUAUAAAUAGCAGCCACAAAAUUCACGACCGGCAGACAAUACUCAAGGGUCGUAGAUUGACAUUUCCAUCACCAUGGCUCUGCCUGCACACUGCCAGAAAAUUGUUCUCUUUGGGCUUUUGCUCUCACCUGCUGUAAUUGGAGAGAUGGAUAGAGCAGUCGUUCCAGGCCCGCGGAGCUUUCGGUUCGAUCCUACUGAAAAUAACCAGACAUUGGAUAGCAUAGUAAUGUAUUAUCUGACCAGUUCCAUUACCACAAGGAUGAUUCCAGUAAUUUUAAGCAUCAUCCUGAUUAUUGGACUCCCGGCCAAUGGGCUGGCCCUUUUGAUUCUGGUCACCAAGGUCCAACGACUACCUUCCACCAUCUUCCUGAUGAACUUGGCGACAGCUGAUCUUCUCCUGAUGCUGGUGCUCCCGUUCAAGAUCCAAUAUCACUUCCAGGGAAACAACUGGCUGUUUGGCGAAGCCCUGUGUCGGACGAUGAUGGCUUUCUUCUACGGGAACAUGUACUGCUCCAUCCUGCUCCUCACCGUCAUCAGCAUCGACAGAUACUUUGCUCUGGUCCAUCCACUUUACUCCAAAGGUUUCAGAGACAAGAGGUUCGCUGUGGCUGUCUGCUUCGUGAUUUGGGCUCUUGUUGGAACUUUCAUGAUUCCACUUCUUCUCAAGGAGCAGGUGUACUCAUUCCAGGAUCCAAACAUCACAACCUGCCAUGAUGUCUUGCCUGACAAAGUGGAUUCUGGUUACUUCUUCUAUUGCUUUGUGUGUUUGGUUGCUGUUGGGUUUCUCAUUCCUUGUGUGGUUACUGUAUUUUGUUAUGUGUCUAUAGUCAGGGCAUUGCUCAAAAGCAGUGAUCUAUUUGGCCAGGCUAUACGAAACAUGGUGUUAGUGCUGAUUACAUACGUGGUGUGCUUUGCCCCCAGUAAUAUCAUCCUACUCAUUCACCAUUCUGGCCUUCACUCCAUGGAUGUCAACUACCUCUAUCUGAAUUACACGAUCUCCCUCAUGUUGAGUACGCUCAAUAACUGCAUUGACCCAUUCAUCUACUACUAUGUUUCUGAUGAGUUUCGGAAUAAAGUGAGAAGCGUGAUCCUCUCUACGACAGUGAAAGGCAAGAGGUCAAUAAAAAUAGCUCAGCCACUGAUCGAGUCCAGUUCCUCCUCAGCACCUGAGAGCAAAAUAACAUCUGACUCCAGUAUUUAAGCACAAUGCUAAUCACUUAAUGAAAGUAAUUAUUGAAGCAAAGCUCCUAAUGGCUUGCAUAUCAGGGGCAGGAACCUCUGUAGGGUUAUGGUGCCAGCAAUUACCAGAAAUAAGAUAAAUCAGUGUCCUCUUUUAAAAUAAUCUGAAAAGUUAACCAUUUCUGAUCUCGGCUCAAGUUUGAGAAUGUCAUCUGGUGGUUGGGCACAAUUCUCUGGUCUCACUGCGGUGAACAUGAGAGAAUUUAGAAGAAUCAGAUUAUAAAUGUCAUUAAAGGCGUGGUAGGACAAUCUAAGUGUUGAGCUGAUGAAUGGCAGAUGCCAAUGGAUGACCUGCAGGUGGGAGUGAAAUGGGACAUAGUAAACUGCCCUCGACAUUAAACCACUCGACAUGGGCAAGUGAGGUGGUAGAGAAAAUCAUUAGUUUCCAGUGUGUAGGAUUGGUGCAGGUCAUUAAUGAUGUGCACAGGGUGACGUAAACCUCACUGAAAGAGCCAUAGAUCUUGAUGCCUUACAACAAAGAAUCAGUUCCUCAAAUUCCAUUUCUCCUUUCACCCUAAACCUAUUGCCUCUCGUUCUAGUCUCACCCAAACUGGGGGGGGGGGGGGAGGAGCCUGCAAGCCUCAUAAUUUUGUAUGCCUCUAUAAGAUUUCCCCUCAUUCUCCUUUGUCUCCAGUGAAUGAAGUCCUAACCUUUCCCUAUAACUCAUGUCCUCAAGUCCAGGCAAUAUCCUCAACGAGCUUUGGAGGCCUCCCUCUGGGUUUCCGCCCACAUCAGAAAGGCAUGUGGGUUUGUAGGAGGUUAAUUGCCAAUGUAAAUUAUGCCUAGUCUAGUGCCAAAAUCUAGCGGGAGUUGAGAGUAAUGAAUUAGAAUUUAUUUUAUUUCUUUCAUCCAUCUCACAACAUCUUUAUGUUGCAUCUCUGUCGCAAUUGGACAAGCAAUAAGGAAGGGAGAAGUAGGAUAUUGCCCAAACACUGGGAUUGUAUACAUAAUUGUUUUGUAUACACAGUCAGAUCAAUGUGCAUUGAUAAAUCUGAUAGCCUGGUGAAAGAAACUGCCCCGGAACCUGUCGGUCCUGCCUCACUGCGGUGGUACCAUUUGCCAGACCGUAGCAGCUGAAACAGUUUGUGGUUGAGGUGGCAGGAGUCCCUGAUGAUUAUCCGGGCCCUGUUUUACACACCUGCUGCUGUAAAUGUCCUGAAUAGUGGGAAGUUUAUGUGAGGCGCUGGGCUGUCGGCACCACUCUCUGCAGUGCCCCGCAAUUGAGGAUAAUACAGUUCCCGUACCAGGCGGUGAUACAGUCAGUCAGGAUGCUCUUGAUGGUGUCUCUGUAGAAAGUCCUGAGGAUCUGGGGGACUCAUGGCAAACUUCUUCAGACAUCUGAGGUGAAAGAAGCGUUGCUGUGCUUUUUUCACCACACAGCCAGUAUGUACAGUCCAAGUGAGAUCCUGGCUGUGGAGAGAAUAAAGUACUAGCAUAGAAUUAUUGGAAUGGGGUGUUGGUUUUCCCAAUCCUGUUUAAACUUAGAUAAAGGAUGCUUAUACCAUUGUAAUAAUAAAUUAUAAAUUCUUCCACUAGAACCCUUAAUCAAAGGAUUCAUACUCAUAAUAGUAUCUAACAGGUCAGCCUCCAAUAUGUAAGGAAAAUUACUUAAAUAUUUUUGUAAAAAAUGUCUAACUUGAAGGUAUUGCAGAAAGUGUGAGUAUGAAAGAGAAGAUUUAUCAAUUAAUUGUUCAAAAGAUGUCAAUCUAUCUUCUUUAAAUAAAUCCAAAAAAGAAUUAAUACCUUUAUUUUUCCAAAGUAAAAAAAUUGGACCACUCAAAGAAGGCUUAAAACAGUAAUUUCGGUAAACUAAACUACAAAGUUUAAAUUUUUUAAGAUUAAGAAAAUUGCGGAAUUGGAGCCAAAUUUGUAAAGAACACUUAUUCACAGGAUAUAGGUUUAAAUUAACAACUUUAACUAAUUGCAUAGGUAAAGGAGCUCCCAAUAACGAGGUUAAAUAAAACUGCUUUACAACUUUCAGUUCCAGGUCUACCCAAAUUGGCCGAUCACUCUUAUCAACCCAGUAUAACCAAAAAGACAUAUAUCGCACAUUAACAGCCCAAUAAUACAUUCUUGGAUUAGGCAAAGAAAGACCUCCAUCCUUUCUCAAUUUUUGUAAGUGACAUUUACUAAUUCUUGGUCUUUUAUUAUUCCAAAUAAAAGAUAAAAUAAUAGAAUGAAUACGAUCAGAAAACUUCCAAGUCAAAAAAACAGUAACAUCCUGAAAUAAAUACAAAAAUAUAAAAAGGAACUUAAUUUGACUUUUAUGAUGGAGGACUGGAUGCGGAUUUUGAAGUUGGUUAACUCUUCAAUUUGUGCUAGCCAUUCAUUGAUUCAACAUGUUAUCAUUUGACAAAGGAGAGACUUUCUAAAAUCUUUUCUAAUGUUGAUAGUCAUUGUGAUAGAUGUAAAAUUGAGAUAGCUACACCGACACAUAUGUUUUGGUCUUGUUCUAUAUUGGAACAGUUCUGGAAGUCAGUUUUUUCAUCAAUUUCUAAAGCACUUAAAAUUAAUUUACAACCUAAUAAAUUAACGGUGUGCUUUGGAAUAAUUCCUCAAAAUAUUCAUGGUAUUUCUGUGUCUGACCAACAUGUUAUUGCAUUUGUUACAUUGAUAGCUAGGAGGGCCAUUUUGUUGAUGUGGAAGGAUACAUCAGCUCCCACUUUGUCACAAUGGUUCUCUCAAGUGAUGCUAUGUCUCAGUUUGGAGAAAAUUAGAAGUCGAACCUUUGAACCUUUAUUUGAUUUUGAGAAAAGAUGGGGCUCAUUUGCUUGUUAUUAUCAUUUGAGUUAAUUGAUAUAAUUUUUCCACGAUCUAAUUGUAAAUUUUUUAGUAUAUUUUCUUUUCUUGUUGGCGGUUUGAUGUUUAUUUUUAGAAGCUUUUUGUAUGAUGCAUGACUCCAGGGUUGUACACCUAAUGGGUUCUCUUUUUCUCUCACUUUUCUGCUUAGUAGGUUUUUUUUGUUAUCACAAUUUUUUUUUCAAUCUUUAAGAUAAUGUCUUUUUUGAGACAUUGUAAGUGUUGUUACUUCAAUGUACUCAGGUUAUUUUUCCUGUAUAAUAUAACAAUAAAAAGACUUGAAAAGAAAGGAAUGGGGUGUUGGAUGGUUGGCACAGACUUGGUGGACUAAAGGCCUAUUGCCUCACCAUGUCAGACAUUGUCACCACGGGUUUCGUUGCAAUAUUCAGUGUCAGUGAACGUUUUCAUCCUCAUGGAAACCCAGAGAUUAGAAAAGGUCUCAUCAGUUUAACCUUUAAGUGAGAUUGAAAACCAUAUGGAUAAAUAAUAUUAUUCCUUCUUGGGAACUGUAUCACACCUUUCACUUAUUUAUUUAAUGCAAAAUUUGUUUAAUUUCAAAUAGAGUAGCAUGCAUCAAAGUGCUUUUUUGUAAUGAAUAUUUAGAUUUAUUACUUGGCUCAGAAUUGUAACUACUUUAUGUUAUCAAGCAACUAACAUUUGAUGUAAGCUCUUAAUUGUAAGUUAAAUAUUUUUACAUGUACUGUUUCUUUAAU